AUGACUAUUCCAUCGAAAAUUCAUCAAAUUCAGUUAGUGGAUGAGAAUGAGUUGCAACGAGAUUUUCAAAAGUUUGUACGAAAGAAGAAGAUUUUUGGCGAGUAUGACUUUCUAUUUACAAGUGAUAACGAAGUAUCGGAAGAUGAAGAGAAGGAAGAAACCGUUGAUGAUGAUGUAUUAAAUGUUCUUGAAAAUUACUAUGAAACAACAUUAGAAAAACCAAAAAACAACAAGGCUUGUGAUGACGAUGAGGAACAAGUCAUGAAUCAUGAUCGUUGUUUUUAUAUUGGUUCCGUAUUGAAUUAUUUGUUGGAAUGUAAGCCUUUGAUAGAAGCCACUAGAAAAUUAGGAUAUUUACCGCUCGAUCAAGAAUAUCCAAAAGAAUAUAGAAAUAGUGAACGAGUGUUGGUGAUUUCUAAAAAACUGGCGGAUUUGUUGUGGCGUAGAAUCAAACCUCACAUCAAUGAGGAUGAUCUUAAAGGAGUACGACCGUAUGGAUUUGGAAAUGAAGGUCAUUGGAUUCCAAUAGGUAUCCAUGAAUGUCUUCGAUUUAAUCGAUAUGCCAAAGAUGCAUUCUUCAAGCCUCAUCAAGAUGCCAAAUUUGUUAAAAACAACGAUGAGCAGAGUAUUUUCACAGUGUUGAUCUAUCUCGAUGGAGGAGAAGCAGGAACUACUUUGAUGAAAAAAGUACAUGAUCCUCAGCAAAAGAAUCCUAGAAUUUUAAAAUUUAAAAAGCUUGCCACUGUUCAACCUCAAAUGGGAGCUGCUUUAAUAUUUAACCAUGAUCUCUAUCACGCGGGAGAUUUGGUUCAAGACAUGAAAUAUGUACUGAGAACAGAAAUUAUUUUCAAGCGUGUCGACUCUGAGAGUGUCUAUCAGAUGAAUUACAGAGCCGAUCAUCGAUAUUUAUUGAUCAAAAAAUUGCUAAACGAGUCGAACAUGUUGGAAAAAGAAGGAAAAGUGAGAGAAGCAACCACUAAAUACAUUGAGGCUCAAAAUAUACAUACCUCCAUUAGUCACUCACUCAUGGGAAUCAACAACAGCAAAAAAGUCAGCUUUAUUGAAACACACGUUCCUGAAGAACUUUUUGCUCAUAUAUUCAGCUUUUUGAAUGCGGAGGAAAUUUCUAAAACUCUCCUUCAUGUGAAUCGAGAGAUGAAUCGUUAUGCUAGAAAUUCAGCGUUGUGGCGAGAAUUAUAUGCUAGAAAAUGGAAAAUUCAUGAUGCAGAGAAUGAACGGAACGAGUCAACAAUCACUAAAAAUUGGUAUCACAUUUUCAUCUCACGAGCGAACAUGGAAAAAUACUUUUCACCUGUAUUGUUAGAUCUUGGAAUGGGCACGUAUCGAUAUGCAGUGAUGACUCGUAAUAGCAGUACAUUUAGAUGUGGUCCUACUAUUAUUGGAAAGCCAUGGCACAAUCAUUUUGAUUUGAAUGGAUAUGGAUUUGAAGAUUAUGUGGCAGGCGAUCGAUUUGAUGGACAUUGUGAAAAGAUGGACAUGCUUUCCAAGCCUGAAGGAAAUAUCUUGGACAGAAAUCUCUUAAAGAUUUUUGUAUAUCAAUUGUAUAAAGAUGAUCUCCAAGUGAACCUUAGAGAGCAUCCACUGGUCAUUAGUCAUCCAGUAUCAUGGACAAGCAAGGAGAAGGAGGAAUUUACUCAAGAUAUGUUUUCACUUGGUAUUCCAUUUGUGUGUUUGGUGGACUCAACUCAAAUGUUAUCUCUCAAUUAUGAAGUGAAAAAUUUCUUACGAAUUCAUGCAGGUACAUCUGGAAUUCGAUGCAUACCUGUUUUAAAUGGAGAACCAUUUCAAACUUGUCAAGUUAUAGAAUAUCCGCCAAUGUUAACACAGUUGCAUCAUUAUUAUGGAACUGCAUCUGAAGAAAUGAUUCCAUUUGAAAGAUUUCUUCAACUAAUUUUAAUCUCUCCCAAAGAUGACGAUGAAACACGAAAGCAAUAUUAUGAAUACGAAGGUGACUAUUAUCUUAAUGGUUGGUAUUGGAAUGUUUCAGGACAUGUUCGAGCUGCUCUUGGAGAAUGGUAUUGGAAACAAAUAGUCAAAGCAAUGGACAAGCUCGUUGAUCAAUUAUUAUUACUCUUGACCAAUCAGAAAGAAGAGGAAAUUCAACAAAUGAUGAAAUGUGUCAUUUUCACAGGUGGAGCCUUUAUGGAUGUGAGAAAUCUUGCCAAACGUUUGCAAGACAAGUAUUUACAAAAAUUACAUGUGGAAUUUGAAUUUGGUACUGUGAAAUUUAUUGGAGAAGUCGAAUGCAAUGAUGAGGAAGACGAUUCUGAAGCAGUUGGAAUGGACAUUUUGAAAGGAAUGGAAAUAUUUGCAGGAUUAAGCACGUUUAAGAGUCAAUGUCAAAUGAACCCUGUACUCGCCAGUGAUGAAUAA